ACUGGCUGACUGUACUAAGUCAGACUAACGCAGACCCCGAUGGCAAGUGUGAGUAGUUACACGGAUCGUCACGGGAGGACAAGCCAUCUCGGGGUACAAUGACGUGGGCUUUUUUGUUAUCGGGCCAAGCUGCUGCUGCUGUUUUGGAGAAAUGAUGGACGAGAAAAUGAUUAACCGGUCUGGCAGCUGGGAUGUGUGUCACUAUCAGAGCCGUCACUGUCAUUGUGUGUUCAGGACAGUAGGUGAAGGUCUGAAUGAAGGACAGGCCCCCCACGCCAAACAAAAGUCCGCACAACAUUAGAUCAAGACAGAGAGGACAGACAAUGUGCAGGAACACUGGCUGUGACAGCAUUUUAAAGGACCACAUUUCCUCUUAAACUACAUUAGUCCUAAAAGCAUUUCUUGGCUCAGGCGGUCCAGUCCGGCAGCGCCGUAGAGCAGCAGCAUGACAGCUGUGACAAUGUUGAGCUCUGAGGAAGCAGUCACACUCUGAUCCAGCAGGACCAAGAAAUCUCUAUUGAAUCAACAGAAAUAGCGGCGGUGAACGCAGCAUUCACACGCCGAGGGACUGAACCGUUCCUUCAUCCCUCACCUCCUCAUCCUCCACUUUGGCUGCAUCUUCAGCAGCUGCAGAGGAACGUAAUCAGAUCUUGGAGUAAUCCAACACCUGGCUCUCCCACAACCUGCAGGACUAACUCAGAGCUCCUCCACCAAAGUUGUGGCGAUGGCGUCAGCAGCUCUGGAGCUGAUGGGCUUCUUCUUGGGACUCCUGGGGAUGCUGGGUACCCUCGUCGCCACAUUGUUGCCAUACUGGCAGAUUUCUGCGCACAUCGGCUCCAACAUUGUCACUGCGGUGAUCAACAUGAGGGGCCUGUGGAUGGAGUGCGUCUAUCAGAGCACUGGUGCCUUCCAGUGUGAGACCUACAACUCGAUGCUGGCCCUGUCGUCUGACCUGCAGGCCUCUCGAGCUAUGAUGGUCAUCUCUCUAGUCUUAUCUUUCCUUGCUAUUCCCAUGGCAACCCUGGGGAUGCAGUGCACUCUUUGCUUGGAGAGCUCAGGCUCGGGUAAGAGUCGCGUGGCAGGCACGGGAGGAGGAUUAUUUCUUGCUGCGGGCUUCCUGGCUCUCAUACCUGUAGCGUGGACCACCCAUGAGGUGGUCCAGACUUUCUACCGCCCAAACAUCCCAAGCGGCAUGAAGUUUGAGCUGGGUGAGUGCCUGUACCUCGGUCUGGCCUCGGCAUUCGUCUCCAUGUUGGGUGGAGGGAUGCUGUGUGUUUCGUGCUGCGAAGAGCAGGACGGCGGCCGUGGGAGACGACACGGAGGAGGGUACCCAUAUCCUGUGGGAGGUGGCAUGCCUGGCCCCGGGGUCCGGACAACCUCACAGACCUACCCCAACCCCACACUACAACUGGGGGGCGUCGGCGCAGCCAGCAGGGGACAAACGCUGGUCCGCAAUACGAGUGGGAGCCUAAGGUCGAGCAACCAUGGAGUCCAGGGAGUUAAGAAGCCCACUGCGGCAGGAUAUGACAUCACAGGAUAUGUAUGAUGUCAUUCCAUCACUCCUUUAAACACAGCACCCACUAAUCCCAGUUCAGGUCGAUGGAUUCAAAUACAUGUAUGUGCUCUUUUUAAGUAAAGCUAGUCAAAGUAGGAAAGGAAACAUGAUGACAACCACACAGUUACACAAUGUCAGACUAUUUUAAUAACAGUGAUAGUUUUUGUUUUGCAUAUUCAAGUUUCGGUUGUAUAAUAAUUCUUUCAUUAUUAUGAUCAUUAUAAUCAUUUUUUUCAUCAUUGUUUGGGGCUCACAUGCAAUUAGACAAUCUAAUGCACAUCAGUGACUUUCUGAGAUCUGAAAGAAUGAGUUUCCUCCUUUCAGUGAUUUUCAUCUUCUUUACUGUGCCCGUCUUUCUUAUUUCUAUUUCCCUCCUCAUGUUACCUUUCACAACAAAAUGCAGCUCAGGCCUUCGAUGUGUCUUUGCGCACUUCCUGUCUUAUAAAUGUCAGUAAAAACUGUCAGUAAAAGGCCAAUACAGCCAUAAAACCUUAGAAAAUCCCAACCACUACGACCACUA